GAAAAUUAUUAAAUCAUGUAUAAAGUGAGAGCGAGACUCAUCUGGACCAUGUCUCAAUGGUCUCGUACUCUCUUCGAAUGGGAAUGGUUAUUCAGUUCCCGUCCAUUGGACCAGAAGCAUCCCCUUCAGAAUUUUCACAAUGUCUGACGAACAAGAAGCGGUCCUCCUUAAGGCUUUUCAAAUGUUUGAUCCCCGUAAAUCGGGAUUCAUUGAAAAGGAUAGGGUUCGGACAAUCUUGACCACUCUUGAUUUCCGCUACGACGAUGCCGAAUUGGGAAAAUUGUUGGAAGGUGAAGACGAAGGAACUGGACAAAUCAACUUUGACUCUUUUCGUCGUAUUGCCCAACAUUAUCAAGAGGAGGAUGACGCUGCCAUGGAACAAGAGUUGAAAGAAGCCUUCAGAUUAUACGACAAGGCUGGUAAUGGUUACAUCCCUGUUGCAUCACUUAGGGAAAUCCUACAGGCUCUAGAUGACAAACUAAAUAACGAUCAGUUGGAUGAAAUGAUUGCUGAAAUUGAUACUGACGGGUCAGGAACUGUAGAUUUCGACGAAUUCAUGGAAAUGAUGACUGGUGAUUAAAUUUGCGGGGAUCUCAUUACUUUAUUUAAAUAUUUUUAUAUAGAUCAAAUAAAACAAAAGGAAAAAAGAACUCCUAGUUAAAUACUGCGAAACCAUUCAGACGUACAGUACCUUAUAAAGUCAAUCUCUUGAUCAGAAAAAAGAACAUUUUAUUGCGAUAUUUCACGCAAGAGAUCUUUGAAAACACAACAAUGUUAACCAAAUAAA